AUGCAGAAGCAGCACCGAGAGAUGAUGACCCAACUGAUUCAACAGCAGCAGCAAAGUGAUGAGAAGCAUGAACGCUUUCUCCGUACGAUCGCAUCGUCAAUCAACGUGCAGGUACCACCGAAUCCGGAACAGAUCCUUGACUCUUCGGCCGGCAACAUCAAGGAAUUCCGGUUCGAGGCCGACUCCAACGUGACGUUUGCGGCUUGGUACUCGAGAUACGACGAUCUCUUCGAGAAGGAUGCUGCUAGAUUGGACGGUGAAGCAAAAGGUCGUCUUCUUUUGCGAAAGCUGGGUGCAUCGGAGCACGAACGCUUCCUGGAAACAGUGGCCAAGCUCAAGAGCCUGUUCGGAGCAAAAGAAUCGGUGAUCAGCCGUCGCUACCGAUGCCUGCAGAUAGCGAAAAAUCCUGCAGAGGACCAUGUGGCAUUCGCUUGCCGCGUAAACAAGGCUUGCGUGGAGUUUGAGCUGGGUAAGCUCUCGGAGGAGCAAUUCAAGUGCUUGGUCUACGUGUGUGGUUUAAAAUCGGAGAACGACGUCGAGAUUCGCACCCGCCUCCUCACGAAAAUAGAAGAGAGAAAUGACGUGACGUUGGAGCAACUUUCGGAGGAGUGCCAGCGGCUGUACAACCUGAAGCACGACAGCGCCAUGAUCGAAUCUCCGUCCACGUACGACCAAGUACAAGCGAUAAGAAAAUUUGGUGGGAAGCGUGCCAGUGCCAAACCCCGAAAAACUGGAAGGAGGCGCAGGAAGCAACCAGUGUCCGCCAAGGUGGUGGUAGUCGAUGUGUGCAGUGUGCAGCAACGACGCAGAUAUGUCUCCGUGGGCUUUUCUGGAACAAAAAUUCGCCUGCAACUCGAUACCGCCUCAGACAUCACCGUCAUUAGCAGGGAGAUUUGGCGGAGCAUUGGCAGUCCUGCGUUAUCGUCAGCAACGGUGAAGGCGAAGACGGCAUCUGGCAGCAUACUAUCGCUCGAUGGGGAGUUCGAGUGCGACGUCACCAUCGGAAGCAGUACACGACGUGAGCUCAUCCGUGUAACCGAGAAGCAGCUGCAGUUACUCGGAUCCGAUUUGGUCGACAGUUUCAACCUUUGGGCCGUCCCUAUGGACACCUUCUGCUGCCACGUGUCUGGAACGCCAGUGACGACAGGUGCACUCAAGUCGUCUUUUCCAGAGGUCUUCAGCGAGAAGCUCGGCUUGUGCACCAGAACAAAAUUGAAGUUGGAGUUGAAAGAAAACGUUCGACCCGUCUUCUGUCCGAAGCGUCCGGUAGCUUACGCUAUGUAUGAUACCGUUGAUCGCGAGCUCGACCGGUUAGAGAAAUUGGACAUCAUCACCCCGGUCGAUUAUUCGGAGUGGGCCGCUCCGAUCGUCGUAGUCCGCAAGUCCAAUGGCUCCAUCAGGAUUUGCGGAGACUACUCAACGGGUCUGAAUGCAGCUCUCCAAUCACAGCAGUAUCCACUUCCACUUCCGAAUGACAUCUUCGCCAAGCUGGCUAAGUGUAAGAUCUUCAGCCAGAUAGAUUUGUCCGACGCCUUCUUACAGGUGGAAGUUGACGAGCAGUACCGUAGUUUGCUGACGAUCAAUACGCAUCGUGGUCUCUACCUCUACAACCGCCUGCCGCCGGGUUUGAAGAUCGCGCCUGGCGCAUUUCAGCAGUUCAUCGACACAAUGUUAGCCGGACUGAAGGGCACUUCUGGCUACCUCGAUGACGUCAUCGUCGGCGGAGAAACUGAAGAGGAGCACGACCUCAAUCUACGGGGUGUCCUGAAGCGAAUCCAAGAUUUCGGAUUCACGAUUCGUGUUGACAAGUGUUUGUUUCGCAAGCAGCAAAUCCGAUACUUGGGGCACAUCAUCGACAGUCGCGGGUUGCGACCAGAUCCGGCGAAAAUCGAGGCGAUCACCAAGCUGCCGCCUCCAGCCGAUGUAUCCGGUGUGCGAUCGUUUUUGGGGGCCAUCAACUACUACGGCAAGUUCGUCCCCAACAUGCGCAUGCUACGCUACCCGCUCGACAAUCUCCUCAAGGUGGAGACGAAGUUCAGCUGGAGUCCGGAGUGCCAGAAAGCGUUCGACCGGUUCAAGCAGAUUCACUCGUCGGAUCUUCUCCUCACACACUACGAUCCGAAGCGGGAAAUCAUCGUUUCUGCUGACGCUUCAUCCGUUGGACUUGGGGCUACCAUUAGCCAUAGGUUCCCAGAUGGAACCAUCAAGGUGGUCCAACAUGCAUCCAGGGCGCUCACGAAGGCAGAACAGGCCUACAGUCAGCCCGAUCGCGAAGGUCUGGCCAUCAUCUUCGCCGUCACGAAGUUCCACAAAAUGCUCUUCGGACGGCACUUCCGUUUGCAAACCGAUCAUCGCCCGCUGCUUCGUAUCUUCGGCUCUAAGAAGGGAAUUCCAGUGUACACUGCGAACUGCCUGCAACGCCUCGCCCUCAACUUGCUGCUCUACGACUUUGAAAUCGAGUACGUGUCCACUGAGAAGUUCGGCAACGCAGACCUGCUCUCCCGGUUGAUCGACCAGCACAUCAAGCCUGAAGAGGACUACGUCAUCGCGAGUCUCAAUCUGGAAGAGGAUAUUAGGUCAGUAGUAACUAAUACGGUUAAAGUGUUGCCUCUCAAUUUCAUAGUCGUUGCGCAAAGCACCCAAGCAGAUCCGCUGCUCCGUCAAGUCCACCGCUACGUUCAGAACGGCUGGCCCCAGUCAACACUCGAUGGGUCAGAACUUCGCCGGUUCCAAUCAAGGCAGGAAUCGCUCUCUGUGGUGGAUGGGUGUAUUUUGUUUGCCGAACGACUCGUCAUUCCGUCGCUGCAUCGGAAACGGUGCCUCGAACAACUGCACCGUGGCCAUCCGGGCAUGCAGCGAAUGAAAGCCAUCGCUAGGAGCUACGUGUACUGGCCUACGUUGGAUGCUGACAUCGUCAGCUUCGUCAAGGCAUGCCAGCAGUGUGCGUCUGUAGCUCGAUCACCUCCUCACUCUCCACCGGUGCCGUGGCCCAAAUUGACCGCUCCGUGGCAACGCGUCCACGUCGACUUCGCCGGUCCAAUCGAAGGCGACUACUACCUGCUCGCUAUCGAUUCGUUCUCUAAGUGGCCCGAGAUCAUCCGAACGACCCGCAUCACCUCUGCUGCGACCAUCAGCAUCUUGCGUGCGUUGUUCGCGCGGCUGGGUAUGCCCGUAACAUUGGUCAGUGACAACGGUACCCAGUUUACCAGCACCGAAUUUGCCGAUUUCUGCGCUUCCAAUGGCAUCGAGCACCUCACGACAGCACCGUUUCAUCCACAAUCAAAUGGCCAGGCGGAACGAUUCGUGGAUACCUUCAAGCGAGAGUCAAGCCGUCAAGAAAAUCCGAGAGGGGAGAGGAUCCAUUGA